CUUGGUGUCCUCUUCUCGUACGCGGCGCUUGUGACGCACGAGAGCGACUUCCGCAUUGCGAAGGAGAUGCGCCUCAUACCUGAAGACCUGCGGAAGGCGGCAUGGAAGAUUGCCGUCGUACAGCUCAGGACGUCUCUUCCACCACUGCUGCAUGUCGACAGCCAUUUUGACUUCUUCUGGAAGACACCGCUCCACGGCUACAUGUCUCGCUGGAACCAGUACGGCUCGUUCUUCCACGACAACUUCGUGCUGCUGGCCAGCUCGACGGUCUACAUGGGUGUCGUCCUGACGGCGAUGCAGGUCGAUCUUGCCGCGGAAGCGCUUUAG